AUGGUGCGGACCAAGAAGCAUACCGGCGCUGGGAGCAUGCCCCCGGGGUCACCGAGACGCGGUACGGGCACCCUGGAUGACUUCCUCAGCACCCCGGCCGGGCUCCGGGGCACGGCGCCCUCUGACAAUAUGGCGGCUGUCUCCCCCAGUGCAACCAGCGGGGGGGACUCCAUGCCCGACUUCAGCCCCGACGAUGCCCUUCAUUCCAUCAGGGCUGAGCUCACGAGGAUAGGGAGCAGCAUGCUCACCAAAGCAGACACGGGGGCCCUGGUUCGGGAGAUAAGGGAGGCGGUCCGGGAGGAUCUGCGGGGCCUCCGCACAGACCUCAUGGCCCUCACGGAGCGGGUGGACACAGUGGAGGCAGAAGCACGGAUCUGCUGCCAAUCAACACCGAGCAGCAGAGACAGCGGCCACCAGACAGGGUAA